CAGACACAUGGUUGAUUAAUGAGACCGACCAAUCCACAAACAUACUCUCCCUUGGUCAAAACGUGUCGCGUCCUUCCCACACACAUACACACGCACACAGAGAACAGGUGCAGCUGGACUGACUUCACAAACAAACACCGAAACAUCCGCAGCACACGCACGCCGACUACAAAAGACCGAGAAAAGCUGGCCUAGCCAUCAAUCAUUCUACGGCGGAUGGAUACGCCGUCGAGACCCUCUUGCCAUAGCGCGAGGAGAAGGUGUGCACCGUCACCUCGACCAUGACGUUAUCCUGAUCGGGUCCGAGGGGCAGCGACACCUCCAGGCGCUCGCGGCCCAACAGCGCCAGCAGGGAAUAAACGGCCAUCUCAAACUCGGGAGACGUGCCCACGAACAUGCUGCACACAGAACAUGGGGAGUACGAACGAUAGGGAAGCGAGUCGUUUGAGCGCAUGCAUGCCAUGCAGGGGGUGUUUGUCGCUUGACAGACAGACCUGCCGACGCCUUUGAGGUCGCCCUCCCACUUAAACUGGAUCGUCACCAACUGGAACUCAGAGGCGUCAUCCGAUGCAAAGUCGUUCGGGCGGCCCUGGAUGCAUCACACACAAAAGGAGACAAAGACAGGGUGUGACUGAUCCACAGGAUGGCGUGGGAAGGGUGUGGUGUGGUGUGGUGUGGUGGUUACCCGUCUUCUGGGCAAGACGUAUCCGCGGUAGUCCACGCGGCCCUUCCUCUCCUCCAGAUAGAAUUGGAUCCAAUUGUGGAAGCCAACCGUCUGACACAUGGAUACGCACGACGUGUGAAAGAUGUGUACACAAGCCGGUUGUGGUUGUGUGUUCGCGCACCUUUCCGUCCUUCUCUUCGCCCAGGAAAACGUGUUCGAACCCCGAUGAGUCCCUCCUCGUCUCUCUGCGGUAGAGCGAGAACCACAUGCGGUGCAUCUCCGCCAGCAGGUCAUCCAGGUCGUCAAUACCAGACACACCCUUCAUGCUCACAUACCUGACACACACACACACACACACACACAGACAGAUGGACAACGCAUGUUUGGUCAGGCGGGCAAUCCAUUCCCUCGCCCACACACUCCCUAGCUCACUUGGCGAGAUACUGCAUGGGUCCGGUGUCCCCGAUGGCGUGCAGGAAGUCCCAGACCUCCCUCUUCUCGGCCUUGCUGACCCUCUCCUCCACGCCAGCCUCACGCACAUAGUUGUCCAGCAGACGCAUGAAGGCCUUGACUGUGGGGCGCUCGAAGGCCUCUGGGCUGACGUACUCAAUCAGGUGGUCGCUCGCCAUGUCCCGCCGGUCAUGCACACGCUUGCCGCCCUGCAGGUUGAUUCGGUACUCGACAUUGGGGGUCAGCCUGCACACCACACCACACCCACAACCAGGCGAUUUGUACAAUGAAUUGAAUGAGGACAGAUUCCCCGCAUCAUCGUGAUGGCGUGCCGUCCGUACUCACCGGUUGUCAUCGAGCUGCCACAUCUUCCUCACUGCCAGAGAGAGGUCGUCCAGUUCCUCAUCCGUCGGCACGGCAGCAGCCACCCGCAACGGCCGCUUCCGGGCUCCGCCGCCCUCCUCCCCAUCUGCAGCGUGUUUGUUCUGCACUGGAUACGCCGCAUGGAGGGCCUCAAGUGCCCGCAGCAAUGAGUCGACGCUCAAGUCGCCGCCGUCAAUCGGUUCGUUGCGCCGCACGUGCCAGAAUGACCUGAAGGCGUCGACAACGGUGUCCUUCACCUCGUCGGGAGCCUUGGCUGUCAGCUGCCGUAUGGCCGUGACCGUUGUUUCCAGGAAGUCUUCGAGCUGAUCUGGCGAUGGAGAGGCGCAUUUUUCGAUGUUGCGCUGAACUUUCUUUAGCGCAGAUGCCACAUAUCUUGCAAAGCCCUCCAUCCUCACAAAGCUCUUUC